GGUUGCAAAUUGUCAAACACGGAAGUACAAAAUUCGACAAUCAAAAAGCUUAGCUAGGAAAUGAGAGCAUGGAGGGAUCUAAAUAUUAAAAUAUCGAUCAAUAAAAUCGCUGAACGAAAGGAAAUAUAGCUACUUAAAGAUUUUUGCUAAAGAAAAUAAUUAAAUUAUUGUAAAUGUAUUGCUAGAUAGCAAUGGAUAUCGGUAUGAAGUUUAUCUUCUGCACUGAUAGCUAACGUUAAUUAUAGCUAGAGAAAAUUAGCCCGCUAUUUUGAAACAGACUUGCUUUUUCAAUUUCAAGAGACUAACUAGCUCUAUGGUUCAAAUAGCUAGCAAUCCAGUGUGCGUUUAUCUUAUGAUAAUUAUCAUUUCACCUCGUUAUUAAUCCGCUAACGUUAGAUUGCUGAGCCAAGAAGAACAAGUUCAGAUAGUUGCAAUGACUGCUGCAGUGUUUUUUGGGUGUGCGUUCAUUGCGUUUGGGCCAGCGUUUUCCCUAUUUAUUUUCACUAUCGCCAAAGACCCAUUGCGAGUCAUCAUUCUAAUUGCAGGGGCCUUCUUCUGGCUGGUGUCCUUGCUGCUGUCCUCUCUGGUGUGGUUCAUAGCCACAAAGGCCACCAAUGCCCAGGACCUGACCCUGCAGAAAAACCUGCUCAUAUUUGGCAGCAUUUUCUCAGUCAUACUGCAGGAGGUGUUCCGCUUCGCAUACUACAGGCUGCUCAGGAAGGCAAAUGAAGGACUGGCAGCCAUCAGUGAAGAAGACGGCCCUGCCCUUUCAGUCCGAGAAAUGGCCUAUGUGGCUGGACUGGGCUUUGGCAUCAUGAGCGGAGCCUUCUCCAUGAUCAACACUCUCUCUGACUCUCUGGGCCCAGGGACAGUGGGCAUGUUUGGAGACUCCCAGUACUACUUCAUCACCUCGGCCCUAAUGACCCUGGCGCUGACGCUGCUCCACACCUUCUGGGGGGUGGUGUUCUUUGAGGGCUGUGAGAGGAAGAGAUGGUGGGUGAUCGCUGUGGUGCUCUGUCUCCACCUGAUGGUCUUCAGCCUGUCUCUGUUGAAUCCGUUCUACGUGGGCAGCAUUCUCCCGGUCUACGCCAUCAUGCUGCUCAUGGCUGUCUGGGCCUUCUUCUCCUCCGGAGGCUCCCUGCACAACAUAACUCUUCUCUGGACGUGUAGGAAAAGUAACACGGAGACGUCGUCAUAAUUCACAUUCCAUGUUGAUCUCGCAGAGGUCGAAGGGCAAUAGGAGCUUCUAUCGCUGCAGUGCUGUGUACAAACCAAAGCCGCCAAUCAAGAGACUACAGUCUCCACAUCAACCAAUCUCCACAUAAUAUGGAUGGGCUGAAUCAGAGCUCAGAAAUCAGCACUUCACUGACCUAUGGAGCUGACCAAGGGAAAUCCUUCAUACUGUAUAUAGCUUGAAUAACACUAGUUUACACACACUUAGGCAUGUGUAAGCUUUUUUCAACGCAAGGAAACAACCUUUACAUUUAAAAAAAAUGUACGUUUUGUUUCUUCGCAGAUUUUGCUUUGUGUGGACUUUUAAUCAAUCCACUCCUUUGCGUCUUAUUGAUCUUUGGUUUACUGAAUUUUGAUUCGUUUUUUUUUUAAGAAUGAUCAUUUGUUAAUGUAAUGCGAAGGGCAGAGCAGCACAAAUCAAAUGUUAUUUGUCAUGUGCCGAAUACAACAGGUGUAGGUAGACCUUACAGUGAAAUGCUUACUUACAAGCCCUUAAUAAUCAACAAUGCAGUUUUAAGAAAAAUACGUUAAAAGUACAAACAAUAAGAAAUUAAAGUAACAAAUAAUUAAAGAGCAGCAGUAAAAAUAACAAUAGCGAGGCUAUAUACAGGGGGUACCGGUACAGAGUCUAUGUGCGGGGGCACCGGUUAGUCGAGGUAAUAUGUACAGGUAGAGUUAAAGUGACUAUGCAACAGACUGUUGGUUCUGGUCAAAUGAAGAUUCUUCACCAGGGAUUCCUUAACUCUUUUUGUACCCUCAACCCCAUUUCAAUUUUUAUAUUUUACAUUUUAAAUCACGACCCACCAAUUUUUUUUUUAAAUGAUGUAAUCAAUGGACAAUUAACUUUUUUUAUUUGGCCUAUGAUAGUCUUACACAUCAGUGUGGCAGUAUUUUUGACUGUAUUUUAAUCUGAAGACCAUUUGGUUUGAAUGGACUGAAAUGUAUUAGGAAAUGCAGAACAUCAGCCAAUAAUGUUUGAUCUUCUGUGUAUAAAAGAACCUUGGAAGAACACUGACUUAACCCCGGUUCUAUGAACCAAUCACCAAUUUGCGAUCGUGACCCCAAUUUUCAAAUCCCCUAGUUUGGGGAAACCCUGUUAUACACACAUACAAAGGUAUGCAACUUCACUAUAUUAUGCAUGAUCUGCCCUGGCAGACGCUGCCACGUGUAGGACACAAGUACACAUCACAGGAGGUUGGUGGCACCUUAAUUGGGGAGGACGGGCUAGUGGUAAUGGCUAAAGCGGAAUCAGUGGAAUGUUAUCAAAUACAUCAAACUAAAUGUUUGAUGCCAUUCCAUUUUGCUCCAUUCCAGCCGUAAUGAGCCAUCCUCCCCCCAGCAGCCCCGACUGGUACACAUUAUGUAAGGUAUUUUAAUGUUUUUCUUAUGCAAAUAGAAUGAUCGUGUUCUUGUCGUUUUGCAAACGACCUUGAUCCACCAAAUACAGGUGAAAAAGAUGACUGAAUCAUAUUCACUAGACACUAAACGAUGCGGGACUACCUGAACCAAUAAGAAACUAUUUUUUUCUACGGUGUGCGCUAAUGAAUAUGACCGUCUUCUAAUAGUAUUAUGACUGGUCAGUCACUAAACGGUGGCCUUUUUUACUCUAUAACUGAGUGGUUAUAGAGUAAAAAUUAUUAUUACUACCAUCGGCAGCAAUACCAUAGAGUUUUGUAUCUUUUUUUUAAACCUCUGGGUCCUCACAAAGUGUCUCAGAGUAGGACUUCUGCUGAUCUAGGAUCAGUUUUGUCUUUUGGAUCAUAAUGAAUAGGAUUAAAUGGACAGAGAAGACCUGAUCCCAGAUCAGCACCAUAUAGGCCCUUGGGUUUUUAAAGGCAAUUUCCAUUUGAGCCGACAUGCAGCGUUUACCGUGAAUGCGAUCUCUGGCGAACAGCAGGAACGUUGCCUUUUAAAAGCUGCGUUGUCUAAAACCUGUGAUUUGAUUGACCCUUGUAAAUUGACCUUUUUUUAUAUUUCACCACAAAAGCUGCUCGGCCAAGUGUCUUGGACGAUACUUGUUAAGAUGCCAGCUUGUUGGAUACAGCGUUUUAUAAACUGGGUGGUUCGAGGCAUGAAUGCUGAUUGGCUGACAGCCACGGGUAUUACAAAACAUGUAUUUUUACUCCUCUAAUUACUUUGGUUACCAGUUUAUAAUAACAAUAAAGCACCUCGGGGGUUUGUGGUACAUGGGCUCUGCUUUGCGCCGUGCCUAAGAACAGCCCUUAGCCGUGGUAUAUUGGCUAUAUACCCCCCCCUCGUGCAUUUUUGCUUAAAAAUAGCCUUUCCACUCUAUCGUGUUGGCCAGCUCUGGUAUUUUCUUUUCGCACUGACUGGCCUUUCAAGCACGGUUCCAGCCACUAUGAUCGGUUUAGUGUGAAAGGGAAUUGGUCUUGAUGUUCCCAUUUUGAAUGGCUCCAGUUAGUUAGGAUCCCCAUUGGCCAGUUACUCCAUUAAACCCAUCAUUUCACCAGCUUUCCUAAUGAAAGAGCUGAGAUGGGCUCAGCUCACCACAAUACAUUAAAGUCUUUGCAGUUUAUUUACUGUUGAUGGUUGACAGGGUUUUCUAAUAUAUCAUUUCAAUAACUAUUGAUGGACGGCAGGGUUUUCUAAUAUAUCAUUUCAAUAACUAUUGAUGGACGGCAGGGCUUUCUGACAUAUACAGCCACGUCAAUGCAGGUCCUCCAUUGAUUUCAUUAUGGUAGUAUUUUUUUUUUGAUGGCUUGCUUUCUGCAUACGUACCCAUGUUGUAUUGUAAGUGUGAUUGGCGGGUGCUGUCUUAGUACUGGGGGGGGGGGGGAUUAAUGGUUUGGUAGACUUGCUCUGUUCCAGGGUUUAUCAGUCAAGCAAUGGAGAGGUGCCAAGGUCUUUUUUUUUUAUUGCGUAGUUUGGUUGGUGAGCCAUUGUUCAGCCAGAAACCUUUGCCAACCGCUAGGCACCAGCUCAAACACGCCAGCAGUACAAUUUGUGUCCCAAACAUCACCCUGUUCCUAUGUAGUGCACUACUUAUGACUAGAUCUUUAUGGGCCCUGGUCAUAAGUAGUGCACUAUAAAGGGAAUUGGGUGACGUUUGGGACGUGGUGUAAAUCAAGAACCGUGUUCCUGACUACGCUGAGAGAUGGCAGCGCUACCUCGUUGUGAUGUCAAACACACCAGCACUCACAUUGUGGACAAAUCCCACUGACGCACUACUGGGGUAGUGAAGGGCGAUCCAGCACUCCUAAGAUUGUGCAUAUCUACAAUGGUUUUAAAAAUCCCUGACACGUGGCAUAUGCCGCCAUAAUCUUUCCAAUGAAUGUGUUUUAUUUGUGUUGUAAGUGGUGGUCCUACUCACCUCUGUGUAGGAGUGUUAGUGGACAGCGGGUCCCCAACAAUUGGCAAGUCACACCAAGCGGAUUGUCAGGAAAUGGAUUGCACCGAAUGUCCCUUAUUUCAUGUUGUUGGAAUUCCAGCACAUUCGCUGUCGUUGUUUUGUGCUGAUAACAUGUUGGGAAGGCAGAAAAAAAACUGGGAAUCUACCUCCGAAGAAUGAGGGAGAAUGUCUUAUUGUAUUGUCUGAGUUGACUCAAUUUCCAAACAUCUGUAUUUAACUCUGAUUAUACUACUUCCUAUUUGAUUACCUAAGCCACCUAGCCAUCUUUGCAUGUGAAUUUCUCAUCAUUGAUGCUUAUAGGGAUUUUGAUCAAUUAACUAUUAUGAUCCUAUAAUGGUGUAAAGAAUGUAUCAACAAAUCUGCCAAAUGGGAAUAAAUUCUGACAGAUCAUG